CGGCAGCAAAGCCCGAGACUUGCUCGCAGUUCUCCACCGACAAGUGCACUAAACGGUUGUUUUUCGGGAAAUAGAAGGAAUCAGAACUAAGUACUAGUUGCUAACAAGCUUGAAAUAUGAUGCAAAGUAUUGUCAUCACCCUGGCACUCUGUGCCACAAUCUGUGCUGCUGCUCAGACGCGUAAUACGCCCAUAGAGGCCAUCGCCUAUGUGAGCGGACCCGCCCAAGCGGACGGCAGCCAGGUCAAGGGAAACGUCACCUUUACGCAGAACGACUGCGGCCAGAAUGUCCAUGUUCGUGUCCAACUGGAGGGCCUGAAGGAGGGCAAGCACGGCUUCCACGUCCACGAGAAGGGGGAUCUGAGCAACGGCUGUGCCAGCACUGGGGCUCACUAUAAUCCCGACAAGGUUGAUCAUGGCGGUCCCGAUCAUGAGGUGCGCCACGUGGGCGAUCUCGGUAACCUGGAGGUCAACUCCUCGGGAGUCAUUGACAUCACCUACACGGACAAAGUGAUCAGUCUAACCGGCAACCGCGGCAUUAUCGGACGUGCCGUUGUUGUCCACGAGCUUGAGGACGAUCUCGGACUGGGAGAUCACGUGGACUCCAAGAAGACGGGCAAUGCAGGAGGCCGUAUCGGCUGCGGUGUGAUUGGUGUCAAUGGCGCCCCACAACAGCUACAAGAAGCUACAGCACCAUCACUACGAACACCAUCAGCACGUCAUGUCCAUCAUCAGCCCCCACUGUACUAUGUGCCCCAUGAGGAGCCACAAGAUCAUGUUGUCUAUCCACUCCAGCGCUAUCCCUCGUACCCAUACCCAUACCCGUAUCCGCACCCGUUCUAUCUGUGAAUCCGCUCUCCCCCUAGCUGAAGAUUAGAAUACAUCUGUGCACCCACUCUACUUACAGCUCGGAUGUGGACGAGUGGCCCUGCCGCGAUGGUGGCGUCGGAGGCCUGCGGAGCUCCCUCUCCAUUCUCGCCGUUGUCGUUGCUCUGUUCCUC